GACACACACAAACGCGCACACACACCGAACGUUCCAAGAAGCCAGUGGCUGCUCCUCCCAAAACCAGGCAGCAAGAGAGAGAGAGAGAGAGAGAGAGAGAGGGAGAGAGAGAGAGAGAGAGGGGGAGAGAGAGAGACAGAGACAGACAGAGAGAAAGGAGUGAAAGGAAGAGAUUGGUUCACACUGGAGAGACUGCAGUGUGUGCCCUCACAUCUCCACCAGCUUCUCAGGGAUCAGGACCCUGCCCACCUCCCACUCAGUCUGGGUCUCCUCCACGCACUCAAUGGAACACACCGCCAGUUUCUCACGGACCAAGACAACUGCCUGAAUCUGGUUAGAUGCUUUGGAAAUCGCUCAUACCAACUCCAAUACCAACUCACACCCACUGCCUUAUUAAUUCUUAAAAAGCAAGAUGUUUGGAGGGAAGAUGUGGUUAAUGGCACGCAGUGACUGAGGACACAGAGAGAGAGGGAGAAAGAGAGAGAGAGAGAGAGAGAGAGAGAGAAAGCGAGAGAUUCCUUGAGGAAGAAUGCUGGGCUGGGAGGCACCACAAAGCGGACUGACUGCAGCCUGGAGAGGAGUAUGCCGCAUUUGGGAGUGGGAAGAGCGGACCACCGGGAUGAGAUAGUUCAAGUGUGAUCUCCGGGACAUCAAUAGAUCCUUCUAUUUCCUUUCCCUCCCUCCUAUCACGGACACAUUAUGUGGAUGCUAUUUCUGUUCAUAAGGAUUCUCAGCAUUACCUGUGUCUGUGGAUAUGAAUAUGAGGAUUACUAUCCAGGCAAGGAGGAAGCAGAGGUUACUGUGGUUGAGGACACAACACUUGGGGUAUCCAGCUUGGAUGAGCUGUUAGAGCUGCUGUUCCCAGCAUACGGUUUGAUGCAGCGCUGCUUGCGGAAGAGGUCGGAGCGCACAGAGUCUCCCCAGCACGCAGAUGAAGACAUGUGGAGUACACCCCGCCAGCUGGCUCUGUUCAAGGCGGACGGCACUUUUGAAGUCAUUUUGGAGGAGAUCCAGCGAACAAUAUGCCGUCCACGAGAGGUGUGUCUAGAAGUGUCUAAGGAAUUUCCGGACAGCACCAGUCGAUUUUACCUUCCCCGCUGUGUUGCAGUCCAUCGAUGUGGAGGGUGCUGUUCCAGUGAGGCCUAUCACUGUACCAACACCAGUUACACAAUGGUGAACAAAACACUGAUGGAGGUAUCUCCUCCACGGAUGGAGCGGUCAGUGGUCAUGGUGUCCGUAGUCAACCACACCUCAUGCGAAUGUCAGUCGAAGAGGCCGAGACACUCGAUCAUCAGGAGGUCUCUUGAUGAGCCGACAUCACUGUGUCCUCCGCCUGACGGGUCUUGCGGCGCUGGUUUUGCGUGGGACGAGCUGGGCUGCCAGUGUGUUUCGUCGGCUUUUCUCUCCUUGUCAGAGCAAGAGCUGGAGCCUGGGGACUCCGCCCUAUUGGCGUUGUGUGGGCCAAAUAAACUGUUGGACAAGGAUAGCUGUGACUGCGUUUGCCAGAAUGGGCUGACCGCGGCCAGCUGUGGCCCAGGGUGGCGGCUGGAUGAGGACUCUUGUGAAUGUAUGUGUGAGGCCCCGCCAGGAGCGCAGUCCUGCCCACAAAACCGGCGCUGGGACCCCGAGCUCUGCGGCUGUGAGUGCCAGGACCAGUGCCCCCCGAGCCAGCCUCUGGACCCGGAGACGUGCCUCUGCCAGUGCAGAGAGAGUGAACAAACCUGCCUGCUGCAGGGCAAAAAGUUCAAAUCCGACAACUGCAGCUGUUAUCGGCUGCCAUGCAAAGAUCCCCAUAAGAAGUGCCAAAGCAGCUACUACUACAGCCAUUUCGUCUGCCAGUGCAUUCCCAACUUUCUGAGGUUGAACUGGGAACUGCCAUAGUACGACAGCCAGCUGUUGCGAGGGCUACACCAUGAAUGGCGAGGAUUAGACACUUUACGGAGACGGGUCCAGAGACAUUCUUCACCGUCUUACCGACACAGGCCAGCCUCGGCCAUCCCAGAUGUGCAUUGAUCCUAACAAGGGAGUGUGUGUAGGCAGAAGAGCACUGAACUGGACUGGACUGAAAAUGAAAUGAACUGUUCGACAGCUAUGGAGCAAACUUCCCGAGCUGCUCUUUCUGAAUAUAUUUAUCAACUGGUACCUUUUGUUGUACUUGAAGGACAAUUUUGAAUGCUGCUGUUUCCUUAUGAAAAGAAAAAGACAUUACGCAACCUUGGUCGCAUUAGCAAAGCACUAUUUAUUAUUUCAGGUCAUGCUACAUAACCAACUGUCACGCAUUCAGUGUGUAAUUUGUGGUCAGUGGGUGUGAAAAUUGAGUCACAUUGUGUCUAUAAAUUAUAAGAUGCUGGUAAAUGUUAAGUAAACUGGUGACGUAGCACAUAAAUCAUAACCACUACAGUAAACAUUACUCCAGCAUAUAAACGUGCUUAUGUUAUGAGGAUUUUAUUUUAUUUAACAUUUAUCAGGAUAAUUUAAUUAAAGUAGUGAACCAAACAAUCAACGUGGGCUGUAACAGGAUAUGAUUCACACUCAUGAGUGUAAGACGGAGUAUUAUUAUAGCAUCUGAUCUCUCUCGUAUUGAGUUGAACGGCCAGCACCCUUCUGAAUGGCAUUGUCAUGAUGUAAUUACAGAGGAGCCGCCCAGACAGAAUUCAGAAGAAAACCAUGGGAAACUCAAUAACAUCGCACCAUAAUGUGCAAAAUGUGCUCUCGCAGUGGUGUGGGUCGGCCUGGGUGUAACUCCCAAUGUGUCCCUGAUUGAUGUGUUGGGGCUGGGCUCAUUUGCUGAGCGCAGGCUGUCUUGAGUGGUCUCAUUGGGCCCCCAGCUCCGGCUGCUCUCUCCGAGGGUGUAUCUGAUUAAAGGGUAAGGUAGGGGGCAGGAUAACAGCAGGUCGGCGCGUACAUGGGAACCAGACUCAAAGCACACCCUCCCGCUGUGGGAAAUGCGUCUUCAAAACGCGUCUCAGAAUCCUCAUUCGGAACACAUGUUCUAGAUAAUAAACAAAAUUUAUUGAGGUCAAUUGAAGGGAGAAGUGAUCCCCCCCCCCUUCCUGCUUGCUUGGUUUUGUCUGCAACCACUAUCAAAAGGUUUCAUCUACAGUAGCUUUCCACUGUACUGCAAAAGAAUGGACACAUUUGUGUAAUCGUCUGUAUUUCACAUGUAAUGAUAUCUCAAAAUAAAAGUGACUGUAUAUUAAAUUAAGUGUAAAAUGUGUAAAAUAUGUGUAAUAAAUUAAGUUGAACGUUUAUCAACAA